AAUCAAUCUCUCUGUUUGACAGAGACCAUGUCCACAGACAGUACUAUGCCCAGCCCCAGCUCUCUGUCCUCUUCCUCGAUGGGCUUCGAGGGCCUGCCGGGCCGACGCAGGAAGAAAAGAACCAGCAUCGAGACUAACGUCCGCGUGGCCCUGGAGAGAGCCUUCAUCACGCAGAACCAGAAGCCUACCUCAGAGGAGAUCCUGUGUAUCGCGGACCAGCUCAGCAUGGAGAAGGAGGUGAUCCGCGUGUGGUUCUGCAACCGCCGCCAGAAAGAGAAGCGUAUCAACCCCAACAGUGCCACCCCUCCCUUGCCCAGCCAGCUCCCCCAAGCCCCACCGACACACAAACCCCCCUGCUACAGCCCACACAUGCUGUCCAGUCAGCUGUCCAGUCAGCUGUCCCAGGCAGUGACCAACCUCAGUACCACAUUGACCACCAUGUCGUCGUUCUCCCCUCUGACCCCCAGUGGUCCCACCCACUCAUCUCUCAGCUCCGCCUCCUCUCCAGUGACUCCUCCUCCUCCUUGCAGUACAGCCAGCCCAGCCCCUCCCAGCCACAGCACACUGAGUCUCAACACAGGCUUAUGGCGUUUGGGUAAAAAGAAUGGUGACGUGUCUAACUACAUCACCGAUUUUGCUGCAAACUUGAGGAACAGUGUGAUGGGAGUAAACACAGGGAACCAGGCUCUGAACCAAGCUCUCCUCAGCAACAACACUCUGGCUACUAUACAAGCCCUAGCAGCCAGUGGUGGCCAGCUGCCCCUUUCCAGUCUUGAGGGGGGCAGUAAGGUGUUGCUGGGUGGUGCAGGGGGGCAGGGAGGGGGUCUCCAGUCCUCCUURUUCCUCAACCACCCCGCUUUCCUCCACAUGGGCCAGAAUCCUGGUGCUGGAUUGGUCAGCGCUGCCGUAGCCAAAGCAUCCCAGCCCUCCCCUUUCCCCUUCACCAGUAGCAUAAGCCCCACCCCCUGCUCCCCCUCCCCUUGCUCCAGCCCCGCCUCUUCCUGCGACUACGAUGAAUUGGCGCACAGCCCAUCCUCAUUGGGAGYGGCUAAGAUUGAGUGACACAGCCAAGCGCCAAUCAGAGAGGAGGAGGAGAAAGGAGGAAACGACAACCUCGCCUUUCAACCAAAGCUAUCUCUUUUCUCACUCUCGCCCUACACUCUCUCUCUCUCUCCCCCCCAGUCUUUCGAUGCCAAAAAUACACAGAAUGAAAGAGAGGAGAGGGGGYGAGUCAGAAGUGAAAAGGGGGAGAAGGGGGGAAAGUGGAAGAUUGAAACCAAAAAUCUUUAUCUAUCCAAAGUGAUGGAGGAGGCAUCGUGGGACUGUUUAGUCAAUACUGAGCGAUAUCGCACCUCUCCUUUCUGUCUCUCUUUCUUUCCCGGGAAAAUAAACCAAUGACAAACAGGAGUAGAGAUGUGUGUCGAAUCGUGUGAACCAAAAAUGACAAAAAUAAACAUUACUGUGUGUUUUUAGGGAAUGGUGGCAAGGACAGAAAAAAGAAGUGGAUGAUUUUUUUUGAAAAGCUGCAGGUCUGAAAGAGGAGGAGAUGGGAGAAGGAUUUUAAACCAAAAAUGUACCUGAGGAGGAGAAGAGGAACACACGAUGACAAAAAACAACAACCAUACCAAAAUCCCAGAAACCAAAAAUACGGAAGGAAAAGCUUUAUCCAAACUUGUACAUACUGAUCCUAACCAGGACCAGCACUCUGCUACACACACACACACACACACGAUAUCCACAGCCGAUCACAUUCAUCCAUCCUUCUGAUUAGUCAUCCACCCAUCAUGUCUGUCAUAGUCUGUCACUCACAUUCACUGCAAUUAUGUUGUUUCUGUGGGAUAUUUUAGAUUGUUAUAAAUGGUUGAUACUGAACGAGCCAAGCUUACAGGUGUGUAGUUUGUGUUUUCCUACCACUGCUUCUUUAAGUAUCGUAUCCUAUCUCCCCCUUGCUUUCCAAUAGUUGGAGUCUGUCAUCGUCAUCAAUAUCAUCAUCUUGUGCCAUUUACUUCAUGUUGUCAGAGAUAAUAAGAGACAAGAGGGAACAAGAGAUCAGGCUUAGUGUAGCAGUUUCCAGCCUUGAUAAAAACCUCUCUCUGUCGCCGUAAUUACUCAACAAAAUGACUCACUUGAUGAAAUAAUAUUAGACUUAGACUCAAUGUAGUCCUUGUGAAUGGCCAAUCCACCAUGAUGACAGUAUGAAAUUGAGCAUGAUUGGAGAUUGAAACUAGUAACAUUGAGGCAAGAAAGAGGUAAAUUAAUAAAAAUGUUAGUUUAGUCAUGGACAGGUCUGUCUGAUCUUGUCAAUCAGCCAUCUGUCUCGACGCGCAGUAGAGAAACAGAGAUCAAAACCUGUUUAAUGUUUAAUAUAGGUUGUUUUUAUUGUUCAUCCCUCCAUCCAUCCCAUUUUCACUGUCAUUUUCCACCCAAAUCUGCCAUUAUUACACGUUUAAACCAAAGCAUUUGUUACUCUUCAGAGGAGUCAGCCAUGACAUUAACACUCACAUACUGUAGGGGUUGGGGACACACCCMAGCCCUCCCGCUGAACKCCCCUAGUUGACCCCUUCCAUCUCCUUAUGCCCGAGAGGGUCACUUCAAAAGGACAGAACCCUCACCCAACAUAAAAGGGGUGCAUACGGGGAGGGGAUCGGAUGGUGCGAUGGGAUCAAACAUACAGAAAGAGGGYAUGUUUUUGUAAGAGGAUACCAAAAAUACAAACCAAAAACGUCAGAAACAAACCAAAAAGAAACACAGCCAAAUAUGGAUGGGGGGAUGAGGGGAGGAGGACAAGGUUUUUACAGACUGGAGAUGACACCUCUGUCUGUUAUCCAACUAACUGGGCUUCAGUGGCCCUCUCUAAACUGUGUAGCACAGAUGGACAGAUGUAUAGAUAGGACAGACAUCCUCCCUCUCCCCUGUCUUUCUUUCACUCCAAACUCAGCUCUUCUUCUCUGGUCCUGGAUGGAGAAAUCUCUAAUGACCUCAUUGAACUGAAUCUUCAAAGUCAGUUUUUAUUUUUCCUGUUUGUUGGUUUAUUUAGUAUUUGAUUUGUUUGCUGUGUCUCUUGAUGCUGUUUGUGUGCUGUUCUUUACUCAUUUGGGAUAAUAACGUAUUCGCUUGCUACAACAGCUCCUUAUUUUUUCCUAGUUGUUCUAGAGAUUUUUAAUCAGGUGGUUGGAAAAAUACUGUGAAAAUUUUGCUUCCAGAUUUUUAUUAGAUKAAAAAAAACUGACUGUCUUGGCAGAAAAAAGACACAGAAAAAGUCCAAAACAAGAGUUGAAAAGCAAAACGUGCAAACCAAACACCAAAUACCAAACCAAACCAAACCAAACACCAAACCAAACCAAAAAGGCAGGGAGGGACUAGAGAUGGUCUGACUGCCGUCCCUGCCGUUGCAUUAGGGCUCACACUUAUGAUUGUGUCAAUUUAUCUGAAGUGUGUGRGUAUGUGCAUUGUGUGAGGGUGKGAUAUUGUGUGUGUGUGUGUGUGUGUUGUGUGUACACGUGUUCUAGAAAGAAUUCAGUGGAGUUUACAAAGAUGUCCUCCCUUGCACGUUUACCCCCAUUAUCACACACACACACACUUCGGCAAAAAUUUACAGUAGAGUUUAUAAUGCAUCCAAAGAGUAUUUGGUUUGACACAGAAAUACAGUUGUCAAAUGAGAAUCCUUAAUGAACUAAACUAUUUUAGAUGUGGGGGUUUUAACCACGAGGUGAAACCUUUCCUCAACAUUAACUCUUAGACGGAAUGUAUCUGUUAGUGCUUCUAUAGAUUUUGUAGAAAAAAAGAUCUAUGUUCUAAUGCUUACUUAUUGCUAAUGUAUUGAAAAACAUACAAAAAAUAUCUUAAAAAACAUUGAUAAUGACUUGAUUUUAGACCAAAAAUGUUACUCUCUCUUGAUAWAUAUUUGGUUUAUUUUUCUUUGUCGAAUCAUUUAGGACUUUUGAUUGUACUAUUUAUUCAUCUUAAGUUUGAUUGAUUUAAGRUUAUAUUGAUUUCUUCUAACUAUUUAUUUGUUAUUUAUUUAUUCUAGAGUCUUUUUACAGGGGAUAUAUUUUGGGGUAUAUAUUUCGAAUAUAUAUUACGGGGCUGUGACCAAAAAUCCUGCUGAAGUACCUGCUCACCUCUUCAAACCAGYUACAUGCAACCACAGGUCUCACGGGGCCUAGGAGAACAUGGUCAUGUUUGGCCACAGACUGCGACUACUCUUAAAGCUCUUAACGGGGUGGGGGUGAGCUCACUGAGACUCUUUUCAAACGGAUGGGGUAAGCUUACAGGGGCCAGCACUGUGUCUACUUCAGUACGACCACCUAACAGCGUUUUCUCAGGCAUUGCAGGGCAGGGAAAGGUCAUGGGAAUAGGAACGUCAGCUUCAUAUUGAUGUAAAUUUGAGCAACUCAAUGUUUUCAGGUGUUGAAUGCUGUCUUUCCUAAAUAUGGGGUUAAUUGUCCUAAUGGUAAUGAUAUUACUAGUGAUGUCCUUAUUGUAUUAUCGAUGAGUAAUGACUGGUGAGAUGAGAGGGACAGAGCAUCUGGGUGUUUCUGGCUUUAUGUGCUGUCUUGUGAUGUUGUGUUUAGUUGAAGUGGGGAUAGGGAGCCUCAGUAGGGUUCUACAGCCUUACUACAGUCCAGGAUUGUUACUGGAGACCCACACCCAGGUGGGAUCAAACCAGUCAUGAGUGAAACUUUUAAAACAUUGUAUUAAUAAAUCUCAAAGCUUWAGAACUGGAGUUUGUUCCCAUUACGAUGUAUACCAUAUACUUUGGACGGAUCAGGUUAGAGGGAUUUAUAUCCCGGAUGUACAUGUAGUCAAUGCUGCCUAUAAGCUAGUAUAUUGUAUGUUUGAAUAUAGCCCAACGGUUCUGGAAGAGAGCUCUGCUGACAGGGAUGGUCAGGCAGGCAGAUUGUUCUUAAAGAUACAGUGCUGUUCCCUCACAACCUCUCCUCUCCUCAUGAGAAAUACACUGAAAGCUUUAAACAGCUACCAAACCAAAAAACUAGUUAGAAGAUGCAUUGACUGGGGCAAAGGAACAUGACAGAGGGACUUGUUUUCUUUUCUUUCUGUUUUUACUUUUCUUAAUGUUGUUAGAUUUUGUUUUCCACAUCUACUGUAGGAUGUUAAAGAGAGAUAUACCUCAUAUACUCUGAUGAUAAACCAAAUAGAUGAAAGCUUUUUUUUAAAGCGGGGUUCGUGUGGGGAUCGGGGUGUGGGGUGGGACUGUGUGUACGUGUGUGUGUGAGUGUGACCAUGGAUGGCCAGAGCGAGGUUUGGGUCCGGCAUAGUUCAAAGGUAAAUAAUGGGGUCAGAGGUCACAUUUCCUGUGCCCCGUCCUAAUCAGGAGACAUUUUGGGUAMCAAGUUGUAUGCCAGCCCUCUCGCUGUGGUUCCCAGUCCACUCCCCCACACACCUCCCUCUCKGUCUGGUCUGAAGAACAACCCCCCGCUCUGUACAGCCCUCUCUCCAUCCCCCUCUCCCAUUCUGCUCCCUCCCUGCUGAAACAAAACACUCUCCAAGUARAYGUUUUCCAUAGGCACAGAUCUAGMAUCAGCUUACCUUCCUCCAAAUCCUAAUCUUAACCAUUGAGGGCACAUAACACUGGCCUUAGYUCAGUGUCUAUGGAGCAACUUUGUCCUACUCCUUAACACAAAGCUUUAUUACAGGGGCUAGCCUCUGGGUACCCAGCGUCUUUAGGUUAUUGACUGGAUGUUGUGUCCGUCAGAGAUGUGUGUGGCAGRGAGCGCAGAGWGGUAGGUGACUGGGGAAGGGCUGAGACUGUGGUCGCUAGGUGACGCAUGCAUACACUCCCCCAAGGUGGAAGUCCCUYUUURUCCCUUGCUCUUUCCUUCUAUAAUGAGGUGUAGAUCAGUUUAGGUCCUCUACAUCCUGGUAGGAUGCUUCUGUGGAUCUCAGGGUCUUAGGGAUCACAUGUAAAGUGUAYGUCCUUUCAGUAGGGAUACCCCCCCAAGAGAAUGAUACCAAAGUUUAUGCCCCACUGUUGGAUARGGCACCAUGCACUCACUCCCUAAAACCCUGCUGUUUACCAGUGUCUGCACUGUUGGAGCUAGGAACAUAAGCAUUUCGCUACACCUGUGAUAACAUCUGCAAAAUAUGUGUACGCGACAAAUAAAAUGUGCUUUGUCCAUUCAGAGACUACACCUCUCCUAUAGACUGAGUAGUCACCUGGCCAUAGGUGCAGAUCUAGGAUCUGUUAACCUUUCCCAAAUCAUAGCUAUUAGUGUAGGGAGAACACAAAACUGACCUUAGAUUAGCACCUAGAGGCAACAAAUCCUACUCCCUCUACUAUAGCCUGGGUCAACAUUAUCACAGCAGAGUUUAGUCUGGAAGAACAUCUCCAGACUUUUUUGGCAUUAAUCAUGUUGUACAUUUGUACAGUCUGAACAUCACAACAUUGAUUCAGUUCAUGGAUUAAUUCCUUGUAGUCUCAGCGUAGCACCUUAGCAACCGUGUCAAACGAGAAACAAAGGAAACUGUGAAAUGUAGGAAUCGAUAUUGAAACCUGGACUCAAGGAUAGACGUAACAUAGUAAAUGUAAAUCCGAGACAGUGUAAUUAGUACAUGUUACGUUUGGUAUGAGACCAGGCUGGAAUGUAUUUAAAUUUGAGCAGAACAGGCAAUGAUUAACAGUUUACUGAUAGAUGACAGAACAUAGUGUAGAUGUCAAGGCAGGAGAAAGCAAAGGGGGACAAAAAGACAAGAUCAGGAGCAAAGAAAACAAAAAAGGAGGAUGACUGAUAUUCCUCAAACCUACUCACUUCCAUACUUCCUCUCUUUCAUCCUUUCUUCUGUCUUCAUUCUCUCUCUUGUACAAUACAGCUUCAGUCCAAAGUUCCUUAAGCAAGACAGCAAAGUCCGAUCGUACAGAAUAAAACCAAAGAGUUCGACAUUCCUCCUCUCUUUCACAGACAGCCACUGCAUCCCUCUUUCUUUCUCUCCUUUCUGUCUAUUCAUCUCUUUUCUGCUUCAACCCCGUCACCUAGUAAUCCAGUUUCUGACCUCAGCUAUAUCAAUGAUGAUAAUAAUAAUAAUAAUAAUAAUAAUGAUGAUUAAGAUAAUGAUAAAAAUGUAUAUUUUUAAGUAUUUGUCAUUGGAAAAUUACCUUAAGCUUCUCGUAAAUAUGAUGACGACAAUGAAGACGUUAAUGACGUUUCUCUUGGUAUCUCUGUAGUUGUUCUGAUCUUUUUUGAGUUUCGUCCUUUUUGCUCGUGCUGCCAGAGUAAUUCUGAUGAUCCCAUGAUCCUCUCGGAGUUUGCUGACCCUGUCCUUUUAGUUCUGUCUGUCUGUCCCUUACCACUGUCUGUAUUCCUGUCUGUCUGUUUGGAUUCCAUGUCGCUCUCUGUGUUCGUUGGGCAGAGGGAAGAGCUACAUGUUACAACCGAAAAUGUGAUGUUUGUGGGAGAAUUCUGUACGAGUCGUUAAGGAGAGUUUUUCCAGGGAUUUCCAGUCUUCUUUGGUGGUUUGUGGGGAGGGGUUAAUAAACGGAGGGGGGAGGGAAAACUGUCAUAACUGCUAUAACUGUUCUGUGGAAAUAAGUCCCCAAGAUGUAGAUGUGUGUGUGUGUGUGUGCGCGCGCCUCAAAAUGUAUUUCAUCUGUUAGAUAAGCAACAGGUUUGUAAACAUUGGCUUGAUUGGGGAUUUACUGUUAGUCAACAUGUAGUUAAUUUCCCUCUGUCUGACCUUCAACCUUUGUUGUUUGUUUCCCUAUCCGUUUUAGUGUGUGUGUGUCCUCAUCCUCUCUCCCAUCAUUUGUUCUACCAUCCUGUGUCUUACAUCAUGUGAGCAGUCCUCCUCUGUUCUCUCCCUUKUCUCUCUCUCCCUCCCUUCUUCCUUGUGGUAGCAACUUAGCCUUUUACUGUGUUUAUCUUUAAAACAAAAACAAAAAACAAGAAAAAUAUCUAUUUUUGUUCAUAGUACAGUGUUGUUCAUUUAAAGUCAUUUUUGUAACUGAAAGUGUUUCAUUCAUCCAAAUAAAAACAGGAGACAAAAACUGUA